GAUGAAGUGGUCCCAUCAUGAGUAAUAUCACUCGCAAGCUUGUAGUCAUCGGUGAUACGAGCUGUGGAAAAACUAGUCUCCUUACUGCCUUCACACAAGGCAGGCCUGCGAGCGGUGAAUUACCUACCUUGUUAGACCUUGAGGAGGUUGUCUCCCCGAUCGCGGGGAGCCGGACCCUGAUCUCCCUUUGGGAUACUGCUAAUCAAGGAGAGUUCGCCAAGUUGCGAUCUCUUUCCUAUAUCUCAUGUGAUGUUGUCUUGAUCUGCUUCUCCAUCGAUUCGCCUGAAUCUCUCAGCAACGUGGCCACAAGAUGGGCCCCCGAAGUUCGGCAUUUCUGUGGUGCUAUACCGACUAUAUUAGUUGGUUGUAAGAAGGAUCUGCGUCGUGAAGAGAACCCGAAAGCGAGUACUGCAUUCUUGCAGACGAUGACGAAGUUACUGGGGCGGAAGAAAAAUCCGCGAUCUGAUGAAAAGCCAAAGGCGAGUGACGAGGUCUCCCAGGUGGCAACGGAGCAGGUCACCCCAAAGGAGGCUGUCAGGGUAUGUCGCCAAAUUGGGGCUACGGAAUACGUUGAAUGCUCAGCUGCCACUUUCGAGGGGGUUCGGAAAGUAUUUGAGACCGCUGCACAGGCCGUCACCCACUACAAGAGUGGCUAGAGAGUCGCCGGUACAUGUAAUGUAUGAACGUCGAGCGCUGGGCCUACGCACUGGAAUGAGAAUAUUUCUCUGUGUUGAUAUUAUCUGAAAUAGAAGGGAUAAUAUCUGUCGUGAAUAUGUUCUCGAAGAACACCUGAGCUAGAUAUUAUCGACGAGUUAGAUUCAAUAUCUAAACUACCUUGGCUGUGUGAGUGCUGGACAAAAUGUAGAUUCAGAGGUUAACCUCCAGCUCAGGGAGCACUCUAUUGAAAACUCUGAAUUUCCACCAGCAACACCAAGUAGCUGCAGCUCUUUCGUUCGCCAUCAGUCAUGUUAUUAUCCCGUCGAUAGCCUCCGGCUUUUGUCGCAUCCUAUCGCUUUUCAUGGAGGGAAGAAAAUCAACCAGCGUUAGUCAUCUGUAUAUAAAGGCGUACAUUUCGCCUUCUCCAUAGAUGAACCCUGGGUAGUUUCAAUUUCAUAGACAGCGGCCCAAAGUCCUUAGCGAGGUAUCUUUUGCCUCGGCAUAUUCCGAGUCUACUAGUUAUGACGCAUAACGUAAGCCAAUUCGCAUUUUUACGACAGCUUGGCAUUGAUGACGUCUCGGUUGCUACCUAAUUUUUCCCUACAUAUUUAA